GGUGAAUCUCUUCAGUCGUUAGUGGAUGUUUGCAGCGGUAGUGUGUGGCUUAGUUGGAAAAAAACAAACUUAAUAAAAACAGGAAGUUGAAAAUAGAGAAAAGAAAAACACAAAAUCCGACCAAAAUGUUAGCCUUCGCCUUGGGGCUAGCUUGUGCAAUUUUAUUGCUGUUGUAUUUAUUUUUGGUGUGGCCCUUUAACUAUUGGAAACAGCGUGGUGUGAAUGGCCCAAAACCUCGUCCCUUUGUGGGAAACUAUCCCAGUGGAUUUACUCAAAAACGUAGCAUAGCCUGUGAUAUUCAUGAUAUUUAUGAAACAUAUAAAAAGUCCGACGAUUUUGUGGGAAUUUAUAACUGCCGAACUCCACAAUUGUUGGUAAUAAAUCCGAAAUUGAUACGCCGAGUUUUGGUUACGGAUUUUAAACAUUUUCACGACAAUGAUGCCUCAACAAUGGCCGAUAAAAAUACCGACUUUAUUCUCGGCAACAAUCCAUUUGUGCUGACCGGUGAGGAAUGGAAGGAACGAAGAGCUGAAAUAACUCCAGGUUUUACAACAAAUCGGAUUAAAACCGUCUUUCCAGUCACAAAUAAGGUUUGUCAGACAAUGAUUGAUUUUAUAAGACAACAGAUGAAAAUUGGCAACAAGGAUGGCAUUGAUGGCAAGGAUCUGAGUUUGCGCUACACCUGUGAGGUUGUAACCGACUGUGUACUGGGUCUUUCGGCUGAUGCUUUUGCCAAUAGGCCAUGUCCAAUUUUGGAUAUGACCAAAAAUAUAUUCGAUCAAUCGUUUGUUUUUAUCGCCUACAUCCUACUGACGGGAAUGUUGCCAUGGAUUAAGAAAGUGAAAAAAUUACGUUUCAUACCAAAGCCUGUGGAGGAGUUUUUCGUUAACUUAAUGGAAAACUCUUUGAGCAUGAGAAAAGAACAAAAACAGAAGGGUGUCAAUGAGAAUCGUGUCGACUUUAUAAAUUAUAUGCUUCACCUACAGGAAAAGAAGAAUCUCCAAAUACCAGAACUGACAGCUCACACAAUGACUUUCCUAUUGGAUGGUUUUGAAACGACGGCCAAUGUUUUGUCCCAUUGUCUUUUGUUGUUGGGACGUGAUCCUAAUCGCCAGCAAAUACUUCGCAAUGAAAUCCUUGCAAAAUUGGAUUCCACCGAUGAUUUUGAUACUAUCAUGGAUUUGCCUUAUUUGGAUGCUUGUAUUCAUGAAACUCUACGGCUAUUCCCACCUGGUGCAUUCUCAACAAAACUUUGCACGGAAUCCAUUGAAUUCGAAAAUAGAAAUGGCAAAACCCUAAAAAUAAACGAAGGUACAACUGUUGUACUGCCCAUACACGCUCUGAUGGCAGAUGAGGAACAUUAUGAGAAUGCCUCAUCGUUUGAACCGGAACGUUUUCUGGAUGGUGGUUUAAAGAAAUACAGGGAUCAAGGUUUAUAUCUGGCCUUCGGUGAUGGACCACGCAUUUGUUUAGGUAUGCGUUUCGCUCUGACCCAAAUCAAAGGAGCUCUGGUCGAAAUUGUAAGGAAUUUUGAAAUUCGCGUUAAUUCAAAAACACGCACUGACAAUCGAUUUGAUCCUACAUAUUCUUUGAUGCGUCUCGAUGGCGGUAUUUGGUUGGAGUUUGAUAGCAUUAAUUAAGGACUUUUUGGAAGUGCAACAAUAUUAUUUCGUCAUAGCAAUAAAUAUUAGGGCGAUUUAUAAAAUUGCAUUUAAAACCGGAUUUGAUGCCACUGCUUUAGCUGAAGAUUGGGAGAGAAUUAACUUUUUGUUUUUUUCAAAAUUUAAACUAGUAAUUAUACUGUAAUAUUCUACUGUAUUUACUGUAUAUUAUUAUACUGUUGUAAUACCUUAUUGCGUAAAUAAACAAAUACCACGGUCUA